AUGGGGCUCCUCUCCAACGCGAGCAUCUUCGCGCUGAUGCUGAUGCCCGUGGUUCUGCUCGCGAAAGGGCACCACGUCGAAUUCGGGCGCCUCAUUGCACUCGCGGCGCUCAUCGCGUCGUGUAUGAUAGCCGAGUCGACGCUGCUGGCGUCUCUGGCCGGGAUGUCGCUGCCGCAGCACCUUGUCACGGUGGUGGUGAUACCCGCUGUCGACACGCUCUUGAUGAACUUUGUGUUAACCGACGCAAAGGCGCGGAAGGUGCUGCGCGCCCAUGACGCCGGCGAUGAUGCGGCGGCGGUAGUGGCUGCGCUCUGGACAACGGUGGAUCUCGUGCUCUACCGCUGCUUCCGCUGGUAUCGCGCUAUAGGCGGACUUGGCUUCGACGCAGAGAACCUUGUGUCGGCGGCUGAGGCCUUCGUCGGCCUCAACGCGCGGCUCCUCGCGGCGCGAUGCAUAAACGGCCGGGGCAAUAACGCUGGUGGCGGCAGUGCAACUCAUAACGCGUGGGCCUCGGUCCUGCUUCUGCGCGUCGCGAUGACGGCGGCAGGUGUGGCGCUUGGGUCCACGCUGGCGGGCAGCGUCUUGUUCACCGCGGCACUGCUGCUGCUGCAGCGGCUGCUGCGUCCGCCAACCCACGACACCGGCCGCAAGGGCGACUAG